AAGCCACUCUGUAGAGGGGAUCUACCGCAUCCAACUAUAGUCACACUGUAUCCGCGCAUUCUCUGGACGUAUGAGCUUGGAGGAAUAAGAAAAGAACAGGAUGGCCAACUCGGCACUGGAGAUAGUGGGUCUUUUGUUGACCCUGAUUGGGCUGAUUGGGGCAGCAGCAAGCACUGGGAUGCCGAUGUGGCGAGUCACAGCUUUCAUUGAGGAGAACAUCAUUGUGUUUGAGACCCGCUACGAGGGUCUGUGGAUGAAUUGCUUCCGGCAGGCCAACAUCAGGAUGCAGUGUAAGGUGUACGACUCCCUCUUGGCCCUGCCCCCUGACCUUCAGGCGGCGCGGGGGCUCAUGUGCUGCGCUCUGGCACUGGGUGGCCUCGGUCUGCUCAUCAGUUUGUUGGGCAUGCAGUGCACAUCAUGUAUCCAAAACAACGAUCGAGCCAAGCGUCUGGUCCUCAUCAUUGCAGGAAGCAUGAUCAUAAUUGCUUGCAUUUGCGUCCUUAUCCCUGUGUCGUGGACCGGUCAUGUCAUCAUCAGGGAUUUCUACAACCCCUUGCUGAUCGACGCCCAGCGCAGAGAGCUUGGAGAGGCUCUGUACAUCGGCUGGGUAGCCGCCGCUUUCUUGUUCGUUGGAGGAUGCAUGUUUACUUGCUGCAAUCUGAUGUCCGAAGACAAAGGUUCAGAGAGGUAUGUGUACUCCAGAGACUCCAACUACAUGGCCUAUCCCCCACAGCCCCUCCAGCCUCAGCAGCUGGUGCUACUUCCCCAACAUCAGCCACAGCCAAUGCUGUCAAGACACCCAUCAACUAUCUACACCAACUACUCCAGAUACCCCUCUAUACGCAGUGGGGUGGCUUAUCUCUGAACACUGACUGACGUAUUGAUAAUCAGUUAUGGUCACUAUAGGCAAGGGAAUGUCCUGUCCUAUUUUGAUUGGCAGUGCAGCUGUCAAAAGAUGUAUUUUAGGUUUACCAAACCACAUUGUAAUGAAAAUAUUUACUGUGAAAGCAAAUCAAUCUUAUUCAUAUGGCUGUGUUUUAAAGCAACUCUUUUUAUAUUCUUUAUGUGGAGUACAUGAUAUUUUGUUAAACAGCACUAGUUACUUGGUAUCAACCAUUAACUUAAUUAAAACCAUGCCUAGUCAAGCCAGUAAUUUCUAUCAUGCUUUUUGUCUUAUCAAGUUUUACACAGAUAACCUUGAUUUUAUUAGUAUAUUAGUAUGAUCAUUUUGUAUGUAUACGUUGUAACAAUUCACACAACAUUUAACCACCAAAUAACACAGCACAUGUGCAUUUGUGUUUUCUGUUAAAUUGCAAUACGUUGUUUGUACAUAUGACUGAGUUGUGCAGUUGUGCAGAAUUUAAUACUUCAGACAUUUCAACCCAAUUUCCUUAAACUUUCAUUAUGAACUGACAAAACAAAACACCUACAUAUGUUUGAGAACCACAGACCUGUGUAUCACAGAUGAUCUUUCACAGACAUCAAUCACCCUCAGACAACUUCCUCAUAUAUUCCUUCUCAGUUGUAACUAGUUUAAGCAAGUAUGUGACAACAAUACACAAACCAAAAGGCAGGUCUUAUAAGCACCAACUUAUAUAUUGGAUAUUAUGGUGAGAGAUUAUGUGAGUAGUACACAGACAUUUUAGUCUUGAGUGUGUAUGUGUUUAUUGUACGCCUUUUUUUUUUUUGGUAUGAUGCCCUGGAGCCUGUGUUAACUGAUCGUACUGAGUAAACAUGAGAUGCAGGUUUAAGACUGCUUGUUAAAGGUGUGGACCAAACUCCUAACUCAGUCAGGGGAGCUUUGUUAUUUUGAAGAUGUCAGACAGACAACCUGACAGCAUGAUCAUGUGAUCAGAGUUUGCACGCCACUUUGAAUGGAGAUAGCACAUGGUUUUAGGACACAGCUUGUUAAGUUCAUUUCCUGGUUUACUUCAGCUCCAUAUGUUUGCGUAGUUCUUGAACUACCGGGUCACCUCAUUUCAAUUUCUGUGGGUUCAAUAGCAGUUAGAAAUUUAACUGUAGGCAAUUUUUUCUUUAGUGAUACUUAAAGUUAGACUAAAAUUAAGGGUCAGUUUGUCCAUGUAAUGCCUACUCAGCAGCCCUAGAGUUACGCAAAUAUAGAAUAUAUGUUAACUUGUAACAUGAAACGUUUACUUGUCAUUUAUAAUAAUACAUAUCAGGUCCUCAACAAUCAAGAACUGUAUUUGGACUGUUUGAUGAGCUCCCCCUCUGUUUCAUCAACUUGAAGGUCAUCUCUGCUCUCAUGUGGACAACAGAAGUACUGAAGAAGCUUUUGUGCAAUACAUUGUAUAUCUGCUUGCUUCUGAAUUGUUAUCUCAGACAGUAUAAUAUGAAAAAUAAAAACAUGGAAAGUGA